GGGUGUGAGAAAGACACCUUCAAAGGCCUGCCUUCCCAGUCAGACCAGCAUCAGACCAUCCAGGAGGCUAGUAGACGGAGCACAGUGUGCAGUUUGGAUUGUACAGAGUAAGAAGCAGAGGAACCGCCAGCCUAACACCCAACAUGACAACAGCAAGCAGCCCAGGACAAAGGCAGUUCAGCCUGGGCAGGAGAAGGAGGAGCCCUGGCUUGCUGGACCAGCUCGGAUGGUUCUUCGGAGGUGACAGGAGAAGAAAGGCUAAGGGGUCAUUCCGGGGUCACCUGUCAUCCUCUCCCCAGAGACCCCUGCACUUCUCUGCCAGUCGCCGCAGAAAUGACAAUGCUGUAGUGCACUUUUUUAAAAGCAUUGUGUCUCCUCCUCGUCCAAAGUCCAGGUGGAGAGGACUCUCCCUCACCAGACUUGGCUGGGGAGAGCGGAAAGAACGGCCCUUGUCAGCUCUCUUCUAUGACAGUGCAAAAACUCCCCACAAAAGCCAAAGGGACAGGCGAGGAAAUGCCCCAGGAACUCUAUCCAAAAUCUUCAGACUGGGAAGAAGCCGAUCUGGGUCACCCUCUAAGCGCUGAAGUCUCAUGUUUCAGUUGAGGAAAAGGUGGAUGCAAGAGAAACAGAAAAGCAUGAUCAAAGGAAGACACCUUCUUGACAUACUUACACUUUGCCCCAUUUAACACACUAAUACUUAGUGGCCCUGUGUCCUAGGUAGCAACACAAUCAUUGUAAAUAAUCCCCUGCCUGCUGCGGUUACACCAUUGGUGGGAACGGAUAUGAAGAAUGGAUGAAUAUGAAGUUUUCUCAAUCUUUGCCACGAGGGAUCCUUUCUUUUCUACUGUGCUUAUUUAUGCCUUAAAAACAUCAGGAAUUUGUGCAGUGGAGGCUGAAUCAGGCCAGCGUUUUAUACACAGUUCGGCCAUUUGAGAAGUCAGGAGCUGUUCACGUCUUAAUUGUUGUUGUCUUCCCCUACCAUGGAAGACCUGACAUGUAACACAAUUUACAUGUAACACUCUUUAUCUGAUUUGUUUCCUGAUCAUUAUUUGCUCCUCUGAGGAAUAUUUAUCCUACCAUGGCUCAUUGGUGAUGUUGCAAAAAUGUUUGUCAGAGUCAGUGUGAAAUGUGUUUUAUUUAUUUGGUAACAAAAGGGGUCUUAUGUGAAGUGUUUCUACGUGGAAAGGGGCUAAUAGAUUUGAAAAUGAAUGGACAAAAAGUAUUCAGCUACUCAUGAAUUUUAUCAGUUCUAAUCUUAAAAAAAAAACAUGCUAUGCAAAUGUCUGUCAAGUUCUAAUGGUGUUAUCACGAUUAUGUUUAGUGUUUACACUACUUAAAGUAACUAACUGAUUUUUGACAACAUUUAUAACUGGACUGGUGUUGGCAGUUUCCAAACCAUAUUCAAAGAGUUAGUGCCCUUAAGUGCAGUUUUUCAUUUUAAAAUUGCUGUAUGUAUGUUAUUGUAGCACAAUUAAUUUUUUCCUCUUUGGUUCUUUACUGUAGGUUUAGCUAAUCAUUCAUAUUUUGCUUUCUAUUUAUGCAUGUCAAUAAUUAUGAAACUCAAAUGAAAAUGGAAAGCUGAUGUAAUGCCACCUGUGAUCAACACUGUCCUGUCAGUUGUCAAUGGUCUUUAUACACAUUUUUUCCUCCCCCCAACUGCCCCCCCCCACCAGAAUUUUGAACCUUCAAUUGAGCAUUAAGCUCAUCUCACCACAACAACUGCUACACUCACGUAAUAGCACUGAAGGCAGAUGUGAGCAAUUUUCUGCUGCAAUAUUGACCAAGGCCAACUGCUAUUUAACAUACUACAAGUCCCCCAGUGAACUACAGGACAGCCAACUCAAAUUAGAGGAUCGGUAUACAUCUCUCUGUCAACGUAGCAACUCCUAGGUGCCUAAGGGAGGAGCAGGUGAGGCUGUGAGCCAAGGAAUGAGAUUGCUAUACCUGCCCCGGGGGCAGCCCAGAUUUCAGCUAGUGGUAUCUAAGACAUCAGACUUUAAACACCUGCUUAUAUGUGUUCUUUUAUUAACGGCCUAACCACAGGUACUUAUCCUGAUGUUACUCCUUUUGUAUCUAAAAUUAUCUUGAAGUAUGGCAUGGUGCAAUUAAGAGGGUACAACAGAAAGUUGCUGAGAGUCCAGAGGAAGAGAGAACCCCAGUGGUGAUUUCUGUGAGCUAACUGCACUAUUGCAAAUGUUUAGUAAUGUUUUACCAUGUGUGUAAAAUGAACAUAAAUACUGUAUUGUAUUCCACCCCUUCCUCAUUUAUGUCCAUAGUAUUUGUAAAUCAGUAUUAAAACCCUAAAUUCAUUAUGCUUGUCACAAAAUGAAAGUAACAAAAAAAUAAAGUGUAUUUUUAAUGUGUAAUAUCUUGGCAAACUGCACACAGUUAUAGUGCUAUGCAAACAAUUUCAAUAGUCCAAAAGAAAUUUCUUUACAGACCAAAAUGCCUUAACAGGAUUUUGUGCCAGUAUCCCUCAACCUAUUUUACUGUAACCUCA